GUUCCUUCAGGGUUUGUAGAACUGCAGCCAGAUUCCUUGAGGACAGUGUGAGAGCUCAUCUGUCCUGCAGAAGUCAAGGCACCUGGAUUCCAGAGCUUCCACAUCAGACCAUGGCUGAACUGGAUGAUGACUCUCUGAGGAUUGUUCUGGUAGGGAAAACAGGAAGUGGAAAGAGCGCCACAGCAAACACCAUCCUGGGGCAAAAGAUAUUUACUUCUAGAAUCGCACCCCACGCUGUCACCCAGACCUGUCAGAAGGCAUCCCGCAGGUGGAAGGAAAGAGACCUCCUGGUUGUUGACACCCCAGGACUCUUCGACACCAAGGUGAACCUGGAAACCACCAGCAUUGAAAUCAGCCGGUGUGUCCUUCAGUCCUGCCCCGGGCCUCAUGCCAUCAUUCUUGUUCUGCAACUGAAUCGCUUCACGAUAGAAGAGCAAGAGACCGUUACUAGGAUCAAGGCUAUCUUUGGGAAGGCAGUCAUGAAGUACCUGAUCAUCUUGUUCACCCGCAAAGACGAGUUGGAGGACCAGAACCUAAACGAUUUCAUUGAAGACUCAGAUACUAACCUUAAAAGCAUCAUCAAGGAGUGUGACAGCCGCUAUCUGGCCAUCAAUAACAAAGCGGAGGGGGCUGAGGGGGAAAUGCAGGUGCAGGAACUGAUGGGGUUUGUAGAAUCCCUGGUGCGCAGCAAUGGCGGGCUCUACUUCUCUGAUCCCAUAUACAAGUAUGCAGAGCAAAGGCUGAAGAAACAAGUGGGGAUCUUGAGGGAAAUUUACACUGACGUACUAGAGAAGGAGAUUAGAAUAGUGGAGGAGGAGUGUGGUCUUGGGAAACUUAGUACUCAGGAAGGAGAGGAAAAAAUACAAGCCAUUAGGGAAAAAUACAACCUGAAGAUAGGAAACCUACGUGAAGCAGCAGAGAAAAACAUAUUCACUUGGAUUGUUGAAGAAGUUAAGAAAGUUCUUUUGAAAAUAUGGCAUUUUUUUUCUUAAGGAGUCUGAAUUUUUUUUCCAUUUAUUCUGAGCAUUUCUUCCAGCUCACUCUCUACAACUCACCCUGCUGGCCCUUUCCUACAGCCACCAGCCACCGGCAGAUUUAAGAGAUAGCAAACCCAGGAAUUCAAUGCACCAGGGUCAGGACUCAGUGUCAGGCUCCAAGGCUGGAUCACACUUGGCGCUCAGCUCCCUAUGCUAGCCUGUCCUCCCGUUCCCACCAUGAUGAACUGAAAUGACUUUGUAACCAUGAGCCCAAAUAAACACUGCUAUCUUUAA